UGCAUCUCCAAACGCGACACUGUGCGGGUUCCCUCGAUUCAAGUCUCUUCCUAGCUGACAAAACUCUUUCCGUUCAGCCAUUCUCUUCCUCCCACUUAUCACCUGUGCGUGCGACAUUGUCCUAGGCUCCUACCCUGAAAUUCAUGCCUAUGACUGCGCAGCGCAGAGGGUGCUCAGACUCCUUCUUGAUGGAUGGGCACACCCUCCCUUUCAUCAAUUAAAAUCGAAUUCCUCCAUGUUUCAUUGCCUGCGAACCCUGCGGUUCAUCAUUCCGCCAUCCUCCAACUCUCUCUGCCAUGGUUGCAAGAGAUGUUGCGGCCGCCGCUCAAUCCCUACGAGAUCCGUGCGAGGAUGAACGACCUUCACUUACGAUGGAUGCUAACGGGAUCGCAAGAAAAGGCUCCGAAGAGGCCGUCCACAAAGACCACCGCGGGGAUAUGGACGAAUUGCGCAUCGAAGUUCCUCACCUCCCCAAGUCGGCCGAGAUAGCCCUCGCCACUCUUUCUACCCUUCCAACACCCUUGCUUGUCCUGUCUUCCCUCAAGACGAUCAUACUCGCAAAUGCGGCUGCUGGAAGACUACUGGGAGUAGAUCAGGCCGGCGUGGAUACUACGCUUACCGACAUACUCAAAGGACAAACCCUUUCUCAAAUAGGGAUCGAUAUGGUCUCAGAUGGGAUUCCCAUCUGGGUGAGUUGGGAGAAGUUCCUCGACAAUCUUGCAGCUGGCUUCAGAGAUCUCGAUGAGAACAAGAACUCACCUGGAGAGUUGUUGCCGGGCAUACAUAGCGGAGAUACCACCCCUACCGCUUCGCCUAAUCUGCGGAGAGGCCGUUCGCCUGCCCGAAGCAGGACCAAAAACCGGGACACGAUCGUUGAUGUGACUAUUUCGUCCCCCAAAGGUGCCCAACAUCAACGACCUCCUCCAAACAGGCACCAAAAGGGCCGCACUCAGGCCGUCCGUGCAACAUGUCGGAUGAUCAUCAGUAUCUGGGCCUUUGAAGGACAACAAUUCUUUACUCUAACUUUCACCAGCCUUGCUGCUCAUCCCAAACCCCAUGCUCAUCCACAACUUGUUCGCCGCAAUCCCUCUUCCAACUCUACAAAGUCGUCGCAAUCGUCGUCUCACACACCAGGCUCUUCUACCUCCGCUUCGAAUAUAAACACGCCCUCAGAAAGCUCUUCCCAAGACAUCGCCUUUCCACCGAACAGUGGACCCACUCAAUGUGUUCAGUCUUCUGCGCUUACGGACUUUCAAAAAGUUCUCAAGAUGAAAAACGCUAUGUUGAACGCUAUCGAAAUCCCCCUGAUCGCAAUGUGGAAAGAUGAAAGUGUGGUCUUUCCAAAUAUGGCCGCACGCCGCUUGUUGGCCGUCGACGCCGAUCCGACGUCGGACGACUCCUAUGAUUUUCUGUCCAGGUUCAAGCCUUGGUCACCGGAUUUCUCCCACGAGCUGUCUGAGAGCAAUAAUCCAAUUAUUGCUCUCUGUCGAUCCAAACGAGCCUUUACCAAUUGGCAGAUAGGUAUGAUCAGUGAGAAGACGGGGAAGAGAUCUACUUUUGAUGUCAGCGGAUAUCCACUGUUUGAUGAGAAAAACAAAGAAUUCCAGGCCGGGCUAAUCGCCUUCAAGGAUGUUACGUCCUAUGCCGACAAGUUAGCUUCUCAGGCUGCUGAGCAGGAAGACUGGUUCCGACUAAUGUGCGACAUGAUGCCGGUCAUAUGCUGGACCGCAAGACCUGAUGGUUAUAACGACUACUUUUCACAGCGCUGGUACGAGUACACAGGUUUGAAUAAAGCUGACACUGAGGGCUUCGAUUGGGGUACGCCAUUCCACCCUGAUGAUAUGCCGGAAGCUACCCGCGCAUGGAAGCAUUCUCUUGCAACCGGCGAAAAGUUCGAGGUCCAGUAUCGUUGCAAAAGUAAAGAUGGUGAAUGGAGAUGGAUGCUCGGAAGCGCCCUGUCACUGAGAGACCAUACUACGGGAGAAAUCGUCAAGUGGUUUGGAAGCAUUACUGAUAUCCAGGAUGUCAUUGAUGCCAAGCUCGCUCAGCAACAGGCGCGGCAGAAUUUGAUUGAUGUGCUGACCCACUCGCAAAUGAGCUUAUGGAUCAUCGAUCAGUCUGAGACCGUCACGUUCUUUGAAGGCAAUUUCCUCAACCAUCAGGAUGGUAAAGACGAGAUUGUAGGAAAGCCUAUUCACGAGGCAUUCACGCGAUACGUCACCACGGGCUCGCUGACUGAAUUUCGGGAGGCUAUCAGGCGCGUUUUGAGAGGCACGUCCGAUCUUGAAAUCUGCGAAAAUGAGGUCAGCUCCCGAUGGUUCCGAUCUAAGCUGGUCCCGCUCAAAGCCAAAAAACGCAGCCAGGGCUCGGAGAAUGAAGAGUAUGUUGCAGGAGUAAUUGGAAUCGGAACGGAAGUCACCCAGCUGAGAGAGAAGGAGCUGGAGAACAUCAAAUUGCUGGCCAAUGAAGCUGCGGCGAAGGAGGCCAGCAAAAUGAAAAGCAGUUUCCUUGCCAACAUGUCUCACGAAAUUCGCACCCCGAUUGCUGGAGUUCUGGGCAUGUCAGAACUGUUGAUGGACACAAUGUUGGACGAAGAGCAGAGUGAAUUUGCCCAGAACAUCCAGAGAUCGGCCAACGCUCUUUUGACGGUCAUCAACGAUAUCCUCGAUUUUUCGAAGAUCGAGUCGGGUAGGCUUGACAUCGAAGAAGUGCAAUUCAGUCUGAGCAUCGUCCUCCACGAUGUGGCGAAGAUGCUUUCCCAUGCAGCCAAGCGGAAAGGGCUGGACUUUAUUAGCGAGAUCCGACUAGGGUCUCCAGACACUCUCAUUGUGCUUGGUGAUCCUGGUCGAAUAAGACAAAUCCUCAUGAACCUUCUGACCAACAGCAUCAAAUUCACGUCUGAUGGCUAUGUCAAAAUGAGCGCACGCAUCGUCAACGAAACGAACGACACCACCACUGUCGAAUUUUGCAUUGAAGAUACUGGCAUUGGGAUUGAAGAGGAAGUCAAGAAACGGCUGUUCAGGCCUUUUAGCCAAGCAGACUCAAGUACUGCGAGACGGUUCGGAGGUACAGGGCUAGGGUUGACGAUAUGCAAGAACCUUGUUGAACUGAUGCAUGGAACCAUCAGCCUGGAUUCGAAACUUGACGCAGGGACCAACGCUACUUUCACUAUUCCAUUUAGAAAAGUGGAAUACAAGGCCGGCUCGUCGACAGACUUCCUGGAUGUCGGCGUCAUUCCUGAGAGACUUCAGUCAGAACUGUCAUUAUCCAUGAACGGAUCCUCCUCGAGGGAGGGAGCCUCAGGCCUCCAGCGAGCGUCAUCGCCUGUCAACCCAACGCCGUUCGCAUUGACCAGCCAUCGUCGUUCAACAAGAACCUCCGCAAUUGGUGCUGAGAACGCUGCGCUUACCGUGGAAAGGGACAAGUUCCACAUCCUUGUCGUUGAAGACAAUCCAGUCAAUCAACAGAUUGCGCUCAAGUUUAUCGAGGCUCUUCAGUUCCCAGCUAGCGCAGUUUGGAAUGGACGGGAAGCGCUGGAAUAUCUCCUCAAAGCUACGUCUCCGAAUCUGACGCCUGAACAAGCGAAACAGUAUCCGAUCCCAUCCCUCAUUCUUAUGGACGUCCAAAUGCCUGUACUGGAUGGUUAUCACGCGACGCAUUUGCUCAGGCACCAUGCUCCAUUUACUACGAUCUCAUCAAUCACUCGUAUCCCUAUUGUGGCAAUGACUGCAUCGGCAAUCCAAGGCGACCGAGAAAAAUGCGAAAAGGCGGGUAUGGACGAUUACAUGGCAAAACCAGUCAAGAGAUCUGCGCUGGAGAAAACGAUAUUGAAGUGGAUGAAAUCAGGUCGAAGUUCUGGCGCUUCUAGCCGCACAUCACCUAAAGCGACUGCCGAGUCAAUCAAGGCGACGAUCAGAAGACCGCCUACAGAUCAUUCGUCGACCUGUACUGAGCAUGAUGCUAUCGCCAUCGAAUUCUUUACCCGGAACGCGCAGCUGUCUGAAGCUGUGCGACACUCGGCAGGUGAUGGGCUGGACCCUGCUCGCGCUCGCAGGUCCAGUAUCUCGAGAACGAUCCGCGAGACUGAAAUACCGGGUGGUGAGACCGAAGGAGACCGGACCAGGAGGCGAGCUGAUGCCGAGGAUAAGGCUAGGUCUCUCCGUGAUGCGAAGCUGCUGUUCGCCACGGAAGUGGAUCCCGCUCGACCGACGAUACCGCCUAGGAUGGUGCUAGAUGAGACAGAUACUCCGACUGCUCCUCCUGGACAGGCAGACUCAGAAGUCAACGCCUCUCGUAUGGCGUUGACAGAAGAGAAUGUUUCGCUGUUUAACCACACACAGGACGUAGAGCCCUCCCAGGCCAUGAAUGCGUCUUCAGAUGUCGGACUGGACGAGGUGGCUUAUCCCAUGCCUGAUAUCCCUGGGCCACCACCAGCUGAAGGUUUAACUGCCACCGUCGACCUGGCACAUCUGGAUGCUCACACUGGAGCCAUGGUCCAGUCGCUGCUAGACGCGGCUCAGCAUUCGCCGCAUGUCGACCUGCAAUAUCUGCAACCGUUUACGCCUCGGAGGGCCGGGGUCGGCUCCCCAAAAAAGGAUCGCCGAGAUAUUGGAGGAUUGUCGUUGGAAGACAGGCAGGAAAGUGAUUGGAGUAGUAGUACGGCGCGGCCAGCCAAGUCGGAAGAUUGAUUGUCUAAGUCUCUUUUUCGAUAAGCAUGUUCGUCGAAUUGCCCAGGCUAGAUCUAGCGUUUGGGAUAUCCUUUGCACAGCGACGGCGCGGGUUCGUUCUCGUGGUUGGCGCUAGAAUUUGGAGAGGUGCGUGCCUUGAAUGUGAAAGGCCUAUACAUGGGUUGCGAUAUUGUGAUGUUUGAUCCUCGUAUUUGUGUGGUGGUCAUUGCUUGGUGGUGCGUACAUAGAACGACUGACGCGAUUACGACUAUGGCGAGGGUACAUACGGUACUUAGAGGCACGAUACUUGGGGUUGACAGAAUCUCACUGGGUCGAGGUGAGCAAGUGGCACAUAUAUCAUUACUGUGAAGAAAUGAACACAGCGUGGAAAUCAUUCUCGAAUUCA